AUGGUUAGAACUAGAGGUGACGGUUCUACAAGUGGUCCCUCAUCACGCGUUCCACCAAUUGCAUCCGCUCAAAGAGCAGGUGUGGUUGCUCAUGUUGAGCAUUCACCACCGCACCGACCACCAAAUCAUACUUAUUCAAGAAUAGUUAGGAGGGCAAGGAGCAACAGGCGACGAACUCAUAAAUAUCUCAACUCCACAACUGCAAUACAAAUGCUUUCAAGAGACUUGUUAGUGGAGGUGAUUGCAACUGUAGCCUCACAUUCCUUCAUUGACCUUCACAUCGUUAAAAUGUGUUGCAAAGAUUUUCUUAAUGCUGCUGAAGAUAGCUAUGUUUGGCGAAGAGUUUCUUUGGACAUGUUCCCAUUAAUCCAGUGGCGUCCUAAUGAAAAAGUAACAUCAUUCUUGAACCUUUGUAUGGAAUGUGGAAACAUUGAGAGCUUGUACAGAGAAGGGUUGCGAAAAUAUUUUGAUUAUCCAAAUGGAAAGAUUGAUGAUGGUCUUGAGAUCUUGAAGGUAGCUGCUCAAAAGGGUCAUAAGGAAGCAAAAUAUUUGUGUGGUAUGAUUUCAUUAUGCUCUGAAGAUGAUGUGUUGCGAAAACAAGGGUUUGAGUAUAUGCGUUGCUUGAGGAAGUCUAAGUGUGUUGUGGGCUCUAGAAAGAAAGUCAAACAAUUAUUGACCUCUAUCUGGAAAAAUAAUGGAAUUCAGAGACGCAACCAGAACCCUCUAUGUAACAUCAAGAGCACAUGCAAAGGGUGGAAUGUGAAAAAGGGUAGAUGGGUAUUUCUAGAUAAUGAUGAUGACGACGGCAACGACAUUAGCUCAUGUGAAUAUUGUAGAUGGGAUCACGAGCUGGAGUUAUUUUAUCAAUUUCUCAAUGUUCAUUAG